AUGAAAAAAUUUAUUUUAGUAAUACUAGUGUUUUUAUACUUGGUGAAGUGUGCUUAUCCACUCCCUCUCACAACAAAAUCAAGAUGGAUCGUGGAUGAGUCUACAGGUGAGCGAGUCAAGUUUAAGUGUAUAAACUGGCCCGCUCAUCUAAGACCCAUGCUAGCCGAGGGGCUUGACAAGAAGCCCGUCGGUCACAUUGCAAGACAUGUUGCUUCAUUGGGGUUUAAUUGUGUUCGACUCACUUAUGCUACUCAUAUGUUCACUCGUUACUACAAUAAAACAGUUGUGCAAACUUUUCGCGAGCUGAAACUUACGGAUGCAAUUAAGGGUCUCCAGAAGAAUAAUCCUGUAGUUCUGGAUCUUAGAGUGGUUGAUGUGCUAUCGGUGGUGAUAAACGUGAUUAAGGCACACGGACUAAUGGUGGUGCUUGAUAACCACGUGAGCGAGCCAAUGUGGUGUUGUUCCGAUAACGAUGGUAACGGACUUUUUGGGGACAAAUUCUUCGAGCCAGAAGAAUGGUUACGUGGUUUAGCUAUCGUGGGAGAACGUUAUAUGAAUAACAAUAUGGUCGUGGCUAUGAGUUUACGAAACGAGCUGCGUGGGCCCCGCGAAUCGGUGAGCGAGUGGUACCGCUGGGUUCGUAAAGGAGCAACAAGAAUCCACGUAUCUAAACCUGAUGCACUAAUCCUCAUUUCUGGUUUAUACUAUGAUCUAGACUUUACCCAACUAAAAACCAGGACUUUAGGACUUGAGCCUGCAAUAACAAGUAAAAUAGUCUAUGAAACGCAUCAAUACUCAUUUUCAAAUGGGCAAAACAAAUGGCUACAUCAAGCUGUUAACCAAAUGUGUAAUAGUAUGAUUAAUGAUAUAAAUACGAAGGCCGGGUUUUUGACAACAGGGCGGCAUCCCGCCCAGUUGUUUGUUACUGAGUUUGGAGUGAACCUAAUGGGUACGAACCGGGCUGACAACUCUUUUCUACCUUGUUACAUGGCCUAUUUAGCCAAAAUGGAUUUGGAUUGGGCCUUAUGGGCAUUGCCAGGAAGCUAUUACUUUAGACAAGGUAUCCAAAAUUUGGAUGAACCUUAUGGACUACUUGAUUCCGAUUGGACCCGGCUCAGAAACCCGGGUUUUAACGAUAAGUUGCAUCUCAUCCAACAAACACUACAAGUUCCAAAAACAGCAUCAAGUAACUACACAUUGAUGUACCACCCGUUAAGCGGACGAUGUAUAAACUCUAACGAUAAGAAAGAGAUAUUCACUGAAGGAUGCGACAGUGCGUUUACUGGAUGGAGUCACGUUGGUGAUGGGUCUCCGAUCCAAGUAUUAAACACAAAGUUGUGUAUCAUGGUGAUCGGAGAUGGCCUUCCAGUGAAACUGCCGAAUGAUUGCAACGGCAAGCAAAGCGCAUGGAAAUCAAUACCAAAUUCUUUUCAAAUCACGAGUAAAGAUGGAAACGGUGUGGAUCUUUGUCUAGACUUUGAUGGUAAUAGUAAUUCGAAGAUAUUGAGCAAGAAAUGCAUUUGUGCAGGGGGUAGUGCAGCUAAUUGCCGUGAAAAUCCUCAAAGUCAAUGGUUUCAGUUUGUUUGGAAGAAUAACUGA